AUGAGGGGGGAAUGUUCACCCCGGAGGAGUGUUCGGACUCAACCACUUGGUCGUGGCCUAGCUCGUGAGCUAGUUCAGGUAUGUCCCUCCAGAAGCGUUAGGGUUCGGCCAGGCUCGAUGACCACUCUUUCGUAUAACUGUUUCGCAAAAAUUACGGAACCGGUUAGGCAGAUCGCGCCCUUGUGCUAAAUUUUUAUUUAUUUUGCGAUUUUUUUUCAUGCCUAAUUUUAGCUAAAAUAUAGUUUAUCAUCUCCGAGACCCACUGUAAAGAUAAAAUAAUGGGUUGUGCUGGAUCUUUUCUUUAUAAAAAAAUCCGAGAAUAAUAAUUUCCUUCAGAAGACGAAUACACAAUCAAGCGAAGGAUCACAUCUUCGAGCAAAAAUACGAUCCAACACUCAUGUUCAUUGCGGUUUUAGUGGGCAUUUUCACGCAGUCUUCGUUUACUCUACAAUAUGAUCAGCAAAUUUCUUCGUCCAAGUCUGCCAUCGAAGAUUGGGCAGAGGUCUAGAGCGUCUUAUUAUGAACCUCGAGGGAAGGGAUCAUGGGUCCCAACAUCUGUGAGGUAAGUAAGAUUGUUAUAUCCUUUUUUAUCUACAGCUUAGGAAAUUCGUAUAUCAAUAUCCGAUGUCGCCGGUAUACACAACACUUGGUAUUCUCGGCCUUGUGUUUACGUGGCCCAUAUUUACUGGAUUUUAUGCCUACCUUAUAUUAGAUCGUGAAGACUAUAUUGACUUCAAAGCACAACACGACGCGAUUACUUUGGAUCGAGCUCGUUACGGUACGCUAAACUUAUUUUACUCGUUUCCCCCUUGUUUCCAGUAAUUUAAGUUUUUUUAGGCAGCAACUUGUACAUCCCAUUCUUUGCAAGUAACAAGUCGAUGGACACCUUUGAAUUUUAUAAACGACGAACGGAGCAGCGACGUGCGGAAAAACGAGCACAAAAUGAAGCAAAUUAG